AUGGCGUUGGUACCUAACGUGAGGUGUGAGUUCGUGACGUAUGCUGUGGUGAAACAUGAGAUUUACACUUUGAGUGAACGUGCAUGGUGUCAUGCUUACGAUCCUAAAGGACGUAGACUAGAAACAUGGGCCGGUGGGCAUGAGUUGAGGAAUUUGUGGCAAGCAUCGUCUUGUGUGGUUGAUGGUAUGCUGUUCAACGUUGAUCCUGGCCGUUCUCUCGGACAUUUGAUAAUCGUGUUUGAUCUGAAGAAGCAAGUUUGGAGACCUGUUAAAAUUAAAGAUGUGAAUGGUUUGCCUCCUUGUCUCUAUCAGUAUGGUUACGAGUCUAAAAUGGGUAAUAUUGGUGGGAACCUUGUGAUUUUGGUCGGUAACCAGACCCAGUGGUGGGAUUAUGAGGGUGAGAAAAGUAUAUGGUGCGUGGAGAUCGGUUUGAGAAGAAAUCAAGGAGGUGAGAUUUGGGGGAAGGUCGAAUCAGUCGAAGUUGUGUUUAAAACCACUGAGUCAACGCCCAGCAUUGAGCUUUGUCGAACUGUUAUCGUUUGA